AAACUGGAGGAUGAGUGUUCUGAGCUGAAGAAAGACAUUGAUGACUUAGAAUUAACUCUGGCUAAAGUGGAGAAAGAGAAGCAUGCCACUGAGAACAAGGUAAAGAACCUGACUGAGGAGAUGGCUGCUUUGGAAGAAAUCAUCGCCAAGUUGACCAAGGAAAAAAAAGCAUUACAAGAGGCUCAUCAGCAAACGCUGGAUGAUCUGCAGAGUGAAGAAGACAAAGUCAACACUCUGACCAAGGCCAAGGCUAAGCUGGAGCAGCAAGUGGAUGAUCUCGAAGGAUCCCUUGAGCAAGAAAAGAAAAUCCGUAUGGACCUUGAGAGAGCAAAGCGCAAGCUUGAGGGAGACCUAAAGUUAGCUCAAGAGAGUAUCAUGGACCUGGAGAAUGACAAGCAGCAACUGGAAGAGAGGCUGAAAAAAAAAGAUUUUGAAAUCAGCCAACUCAGUUUCUCUA